CUCACUGUCCGAAGUUCUCAAUUCGAAUUCAAGGUCAAUGCCUUGUUUCUUCUUGUUUUUUUGGCGACUUCUUUCGGAUAGACUAAAGAAGAAAAAUGCUAAUAUCCUAAAGAAUCUAUUGCACUAUGUCAGUAAGGCAGAUGAGCAAACUAAUAAGCAAGUUAGUUACGAAAGUUUUUUGUCACUUCUGCUUGACAAACUUUGUUAUCUAAUAAGGUUUAGGACUAAUUUACCCGUGUUUCAACGGAUUGAAAUAAAUUUUUUAUCAAGGUUAAUUAGUCUCCUUUCUCCACAAUUUGCAAUGGGGAAUCUUUUUGGAUUUACUUUCACCUACUUGGCGUAAAUUACUUUUACUGAUUCAAACUCUGUGUUCAUAAUUGAAAACAUGUUAAUGGUGGUAAGAGUGGCAUAGAGUGCAGCAUACUCCGGUCGGUGAUACAGUGAGGGAUUUUGUAAAUCAAAUGUUCAAAUCAAAUACUCAGAAUACGUGUAUUCAUGAAGGCAUUUUGUUGAUUUCUGAAAAUCAAAGUCUUCAGCGAGAAUUGCACUCAUUUUGCUGUCUUUUAUACAUUAUGAGAACAGUUCAAAGUACACUGCUGGCUGCUCGUGCCGUUUUAUGUUUGGCCAAACAUACGCAUAAAAAUAAUCUUUCAGAUUGCUCUGUUUAAAGCUUUUCAUAUGGUUUUAAAUAAGAUCAAUUAUAUAAUUCAAGAAAUCUAUUUGUCUACGUUAGAGAAAAAUUUUGACAGCGCGUCUCUCUUCGAAAGUCUGAGAAAUAAGAUAGUAGAAAAGAAAACACCGGGCGAAUUUAGUCAUGGCAUAAUCAUGCAAUCUAACAAGGCGAAUACAAACUCAGGAAUGGAAAAUCCUCUUCUUGAAACAGUCGCCCAUCCUGCAAGCCAUAGACUCCUGCGAUGUUCAAAGUGUGGAACUCAUGGUGAACAACAUGUACUUUCUGACUUUCAGAUUCAGUUAAUUUUAAGAAUGGAAGGAAUACGUGAUUGGUUUAAUUUAGUGAACUCAUGUGGUCUACUAAGUGAACUUGAUCCACCACUACCAUCUAUUACUUCAGUGGAAAAGCGUAUUCGAAUAGGGUCGUGGAAUCUCAAUCGUUUUGGUUUAAGUAAAGCUGAACAUCCAGGAUUUAUGGAAGUAGUAUGCUUAACAAUACUACGGGCGAAUUUCUCACUGGUACUUCUCCAAGAAGUUUCAGAUCCUGUAGUUGGUGAACACCUAUGUGCUGAGUUAAACUGUCCAUCACUUCCUCACGUAAAAGAAUGGGCUAGAAAACACUCUCCUGUUAUUACUCCUAAUUGGAAGGCGUCUUGUUCGCUUCAGCCUACAGGGUCUAUGUUCCGUGGGAAUGAGUAUGCUGUAUUUUUAUACAAUUCUUCAUUCGGCAUACGAAUUUCUCGAACAAGUUUGUUAGAAAAGUCUUCAACUCCAAGGUCUGUGCUGAGAAAGUCGUUUACACGUAGUCCUUGUGGAGCGUCUUGUCACAUUCAAAGCACUAAAUUGGUUCUGAUCUCAGUGCACUUAAAAGCAAGUGGUUUACGAAAUAGUCAAAUUGGGCAAACUAUUUCAGAAAUUCAAUCUCUCGGUUAUCUAGUUCAAGCCUUUUACGAGACCCAACCCAGUGGAACGCAUCUCAUCAUAGCCGGUGAUUUCAAUCUCUUUCCCACACAUGAGGUUUAUCGUGCUCUGUAUGAUCAUGGAUUGUGGCCGGUUCUAGACGGUGAACAGCGAACAUCUGUAAGUCGUUCCAAAGGUGGAUAUAAUAAUAUCAAGGCAUAUGACAACGCAUGGCUUUCUGCCGAUUUAUCUUUGACUUCUGACUCCGGUGCUUGCUGGACAGGUGAUUCAGGUGUAAUUGUAAAAGGACUGAGACAUCCUUUGAUACCAGAGGAAACUGGUGGUGCUAACGGUUUUGUCAGUGAUCACGCUCCCAUAUGGUUUGAUAUCCGUGUACAAUAAUGACAAUUUGUACUUGAAGCAAAUUCGUUUAUUGCAAAACUUUAGAAAACGUAAAUACAUUUAUAUUACGUAACAAAUGAUAUUUAUUGCAACAUGAUAACAAUUUGUAAUUUAAAUAAACUUGUCUGUUGCAAAACUGAAAAAAUACAUAAUUGUGUAUUAUUUAAUAAAUGGC